GGGGCCGCCACCACCGCCGCCGCCGAGCCCGAGGGCCCCGGGGCCAGCUGCGCGGCCGCCGCCAAGGCGCCAGUGAAGAAGAACGCGAAGGUGGCCAGCGUGAGUGUGCAGCUGGAGAUGAAGGCGCUGUGGGACGAGUUCAAUCAGCUGGGCACCGAGAUGAUCGUCACCAAGGCCGGCAGGCGCAUGUUCCCCACGUUUCAAGUGAAGCUCUUUGGCAUGGACCCCAUGGCGGACUACAUGCUCCUCAUGGACUUCGUUCCGGUGGACGACAAGCGCUACCGGUACGCCUUCCACAGCUCCUCCUGGCUGGUGGCCGGGAAGGCGGACCCCGCCACUCCAGGCCGAGUGCACUACCACCCGGACUCGCCUGCCAAAGGUGCACAGUGGAUGAAGCAGAUCGUAUCCUUCGACAAGCUCAAGCUGACCAACAACCUGCUGGAUGACAACGGCCAUAUUAUUCUCAACUCCAUGCACAGAUACCAGCCCCGCUUCCACGUCGUCUAUGUGGACCCACGCAAAGAUAGUGAGAAAUACGCUGAGGAGAACUUUAAAACCUUUGUGUUUGAGGAGACUCGCUUCACCGCGGUCACUGCCUACCAGAACCACCGGAUCACGCAGCUCAAGAUCGCCAGCAACCCAUUCGCCAAAGGCUUCCGAGAUUGCGAUCCGGAGGACUGGCCCCGGAACCACCGGCCCGGCGCGCUGCCGCUUAUGAGCGCUUUCGCGCGCUCGCGGAACCCCGUGGCCUCCCCCACGCAGCCCAACGGCGCAGAGAAAGGUAGGGCCGGGGUCGUGGGAUCCGGGCCGUGGCCCUGCGCGCGCUCCGCCCCGGGCAGAUGGCCGAGCCUGGCCUCGCCCGCGCCCCAGGGACGCCCACGGCCUUCGCGCCGGUUGCACAACGGCAGUGGCGGCGGGCAAUUAGAUCGCACGGGGGAUGUCGGGGAGAGCGUGUCCGGUCGACUCGGGGACUUCGGGGUCUCCCCAGCUCCAGUCCCCACAAGCCGCAGCGAAGUGGGUGUCCCUACGGUGCCCUCCGAGCGCCUCUUCCCGGCCCGUUUCCAGAGCCUCUUCCCGGCCACGCCCCUCUCCGUCCUCUCCCCGCCCCCUCUGCCGUAG